AAUGAGGAGUCUUCAUUCAUUCACCGAAAGCCAAUAGGGAAGGACCAGAGCAAAGGAAAACUGGCGGCUCAGCUGACCACCUUCUGCACCUCCGGAGGAGGAGGAAGAGCACAGCCGCCGCAGAGUAUCGAUUUACCCUUCCCCCCCUUUAAUUAAGAGAUCAAAGAAACUACUGGAAAAAUACGCCCCCCCUUCCCCAAUAACACACAUGAAGAGGGGAAGGAGAGGCACGGUGUGUCUCCUGGGAGGGACGCCUGUGCUUCGAGCCGUUUGACGCCGCAGCAGUUCGCCAUUGCGAACCCCAGUUCGGAGCCAGCCAGAGGAGAAGCCCCGCAGCCCGGCUGAGAUUUCUGCGUGCAAUCCUCCCGCUGCACUUCAAUGAUCGGACCCCGGCCCAAGGCAGGGAGCAGCACCCGGAUGACCCUCUGCUCCCUGCUAUGGCUCUUUUUGUUCCUCAAGAAUGCAGCACCUUUCCAAGUUACUGUCCGAGAUGACAACUGCAUUGUAGUGUCGUUGGAGGAGUCUGAUGUAGUGAGCUCGUCCUUUGUGUACGUUGUGAAGAUCACUGGUGAAUCCAAGAACUACUUUUUCCAGUUUGAAGAAUUCAACAGCACUUUACCUUCCCCUGUGGUUUUUAAUGCCAGUUAUCAUGGCCUUUAUUACAUAGUGACUCUGGUGGUGGUGAAUUCCAAUAUGGUUUCCAAACCAGUGAGAUCGAUCACUGUGUUAACCAGUCUUUUAGAACCUCUUCCCGUAAGCAGCGUUUCUAUAUAUGACUACAAACCAUCUCCAGAAACGGGAGUGUUGUUUGAAAUUCAGUAUCCAGAGAAGUACAAUGUUUUCACUAGAGUAAACAUAAGCUAUUGGGAAGGCAAAGACUAUAGAACAAUGUUAUACAAAGAUUUCUUUAAAGGUAAAACAGUUUUCAAUCACUGGCUGCCAGGAAUAUGCUACAGCAACAUCACAUUUCAGUUGGUGUCAGAAGCAACAUUCAACAAAAGCACGCUAGUGGAAUAUAGCGGUGUCAGGCAUGAACCCAAACAGCACAGAACAGUUCCCUACCCUCCUCGAAAUAUUUCUGUCCAGAUUGUACAUAUGAACAAGAAUAACUGGGAGGAACACAGUGGAAAUUUCCCAGAAGAAUCAUUCAUGGGACCACAGGAUGUAAUAGGGCAAGAUAAACUUACCCAUUUUUCUAAUGACCCAACUGAAAUUCCCUUAGCAAACACCUCUUACGCAUGGCCUGAUUACCACUAUAACAGCACUGAUUACACAACUACAUCCCAACCAUACUGGUGGACUAAUGAAGCUGAUUCGUCAGAAGGUGAAGAUGAGUUUGUCAAUGUAGUUCCCAGUGAAUAUGAGAACACCAGUACAGCCAGCAUGUCAGGGAAACUUACACCAGAAACUCCAUCUUUCCUCCCUAUGCAAAUGGUGCUAAGCUGGUUGCCACCAAAACCACCCACGGCAUUUGAUGGAUUUCAUAUUAACAUUGAAAGAGAAGAGAACACCACAGAAUUUUUGACGGUAGGUGAAGAUACUCACGAAUUUAUUGCUGAACUGAAAGAACCAGGGAAAUAUAAGUUAUCUGUGACAACCUUUAGUUCCUCUGGGUCUUGUGAAAUUCGGAGAAGUCAAUCAGCCAAAACGCUUAGUUUUUACAUCAGUCCGACGGGGGAAUGGAUUGAAGAACUGACAGAAAAGCCCCAGCAUGUGAGUGUGACUGUGCUAAGUUCUACCACUGCCUUAAUGUCCUGGACGUCUUCGCAAGACAGCGGCAGCAACAACACGAUAGUAUCUGUUGUGUCACUGACAUGCCAGAAGCAAAAGGAGAGUCAAAGACUUGAAAAGCAUUAUUGCACUGAGGUGAAUUCAAGCAACAGCAUCAUUGAAAAUCUUGUUCCCGGUGCCCAGUACCAGGUUGUGAUUUAUUUACGUAAAGGCCCAUUGGUUGGACCUCCUUCUGAUCCUGUUACAUUUGCCAUUGUACCCACUGGAAUAAAGGAUUUGAUGCUUUACCCUUUGGGACCUACAGCUGUGAUUCUCAGUUGGAACAGGCCUUACCUUGGGGUGUUCAGGAAAUAUGUUGUAGAAAUGUUUUACUUCAAUCCAUCAAUGAUGACCUCUGAGUGGACGACCUACUACGAAAUUGCAGCUACCGUCUCCUUAACUGCAUCAGUGAAAAUAGCCAAUCUAUUGCCUGCUUGGUAUUACAAUUUUCGGGUUACCAUGGUGACUUGGGGAGACCCAGAAUUGAGCUGCUGUGACAGUUCUACCAUCAGCUACAUAACAGCCCCGGUGUCACCAGAGAUCACCUCAGUAGAAUAUUUCAACAAUCUGCUGUAUGUCAGUUGGACAUAUGGAGAUGAUGAGACCGACUUGUCUCAUUCCAGGAUGCUGCACUGGAUGAUCAUUGCUGAAGGCAAGAAAAAAAUCAAAAAGAGCGUGACACGGAAUGUGAUGACUGCAGUUCUGAGCCUGCCUCCGGGAGACAUCUACAACCUUUCAGUAACUGCUUGUACUGAGAGAGGAAGCAACACCUCCACAACACAGAUUGUGAAACUGGAACCAGCUCCUCCAAAAUCACUGUUUGCUGUGAACAAGACCCAGACUUCAGUGACUCUGCUAUGGGUGGAGGAAGGAGUGGCGGAUUUCUUUGAAGUCUUCUGCCAGCAGGCUGGCUCUGGCCAAGAAACAAAGUUGCAGGAACCUGUUACUGUUUCUUCACAUGUUGUGACUAUCUCCAGCCUACUGCCUGCCACGUCCUACAACUGCAGUGUGACUACCUUCAGCCACAACAGCCCUAGCGUUCCCACCUUCAUAGCUGUCUCUACCAUGGUUACAGAGAUGAAUCCCAACAUAGUGGUGAUCUCUGUGUUAGCCAUCCUGAGCAUUCUCCUGAUUGGACUGUUGCUUGUGACUCUUGUUGUACUCAGGCGGAAACAUCUGCAAAUGGCCAGGGAGUGUGGGGCUGGAACCUUUGUCAAUUUUGCUUCAUUGGAGAGAGAUGGAAAACUUCCAUAUAACUGGCGUAGAAGUGUAUUUGCUUUCCUAACUCUGCUACCCUCAUGCCUCUGGACUGAUUAUCUUUUGGCAUUUUAUAUUAAUCCUUGGAGCAAAAAUGGAUUAAAGAAGAGGAAACUGACCAACCCUGUGCAGUUGGAUGACUUCGAUGGCUACAUCAAGGAUAUGGCCAAAGAUUCAGAUUAUAAAUUUUCUCUGCAAUUUGAGGAGCUAAAACUGAUUGGGCUUGAUAUACCCCAUUUUGCUGCUGACCUUCCCAUGAAUCGAUGUAAAAAUCGCUAUACAAAUAUCCUGCCAUAUGACUUUAGCCGUGUCAGAUUAGUUUCGAUGAAUGAAGAAGAAGGUUCAGACUACAUUAACGCCAACUAUAUUCCUGGCUACAACUCACCACAGGAAUACAUUGCAACCCAGGGGCCAUUGCCAGAGACAAGGAAUGAUUUUUGGAAGAUGGUUCUCCAGCAAAAAUCGCAAAUCAUUGUUAUGCUCACUCAGUGUAAUGAAAAAAGAAGGGUGAAAUGCGAUCAUUACUGGCCUUUUACAGAAGAGCCUAUUGCUUAUGGGGACAUCACAGUGGAGAUGCUUUCUGAGGAGGAGCAAAUGGACUGGUCUUAUAGGAACUUCAGAAUCAGCUAUGCUGAUGAGGUGCAAGAUGUAAUGCAUUUUAACUACACUGCUUGGCCUGAUCAUGGUGUCCCCACUACAAAUGCUGCAGAGAGCAUCUUGCAGUUUGUACAGAUGGUCAGACAGCAGUCAACAAAGAGUAAAGGCCCCAUGGUCAUACACUGCAGUGCUGGCGUGGGACGGACAGGAACAUUUAUAGCAUUGGAUCGGCUCUUACAGCACAUUCGUGAUCAUGAGUUUGUAGAUAUCUUAGGGCUGGUGUCUGACAUGCGGUCUUAUAGGAUGUCCAUGGUACAGACAGAGGAACAAUACAUUUUUAUUCACCAGUGUGUGCAAUUGAUGUGGCUAAAGAAGAAACAGCAAUUCUGCAUCAGUGAUGUCAUAUAUGAGAAUGUCAGCAAGUCCUAGUUCAGAAUCACAGGUGGUGAGACCAUGAAGUACACCCAUCUUCCCUUGCUUCAGAUUUUUUUUAUUGUUUUUUUGUUUGUUUGAACUGCUAGCUGUUUUGCCAUGGAAGGCCACUGCUUUGCAGUAUAUGGACAAUAAAAGAAAGAUACUUUAAAUUUUAGAAGCACUGGGGAGACUUAGCCUUAAAGAGCCUGCAGUGUCUUGGACUGUUUAAUUUCUGGACAUUUUUUAAAUACUGGACCAAAUUCAACUAAAACAACAGGAUGGAAAAGAUACUAUAUGUGCAUAAAAUACAGUACUCCUGAAAGGUUGGGGUUUUUUUUUGUUUUUGUUUUAAGUUUUUCUGUGCAGAUUGGGCUUAAGGUAAAAAGCAAGUGCAAUAUUUUUUUAACGGCUGAAUCUGAAUGAAGAAGAGCUUUCUUCAUGUUUCACUGGUCUGUGCUUAAGUCCGUAAGAGAACAGGCAUUGUUAGUAUCUAAUAAUACCUCACUAGUGAAUACGAGGCAUGUACAAACAUGAAGGAUUGUGGAUUUUGUGAAGAGGAAAUGGGAUAUUGAUUUGACUAUGUUUACGGCAGCACAGUGGUUCUGUGCUUCAGUGGAGUAGGGAGAAUACAGUACCCAGGGAGCUUUAGUAACUCUCCUAAAAUCCAAACAGUAUAGCUCAAGGCUAGCGUAGAAGACCUACAUUAGAAAACUUCUGUUGGUCUGGUUCUCGAUUGUGCUCCUCCUAAUUAAACAGCAGGAUUGUUCCUCUCGUUACUCUUUUCGGUAAUGCCCCCAUCACUUACAAUUUUUUUUUAAAAAAAGAUUGAAGCUAAUGAAAGCGCAGAAGAGUUUGGAGUACCUUUAGACUCUCUUGCUGUAGCAUUUAGCAGUCUAUGGUGCCUAUACUCUUGAUUUGUUUUUGUUUUUUUAGUUAUUAUUAUUAUUUUCUAAAAUAUAUUAGCCCUGUGUAAAAAUGUGAAGCUGAUUCAUGUUGAGAAAAAAAAUAGUUGCUGUAAUGAAUGCAGCAUCACCUCUCUGGUGAACUGGGAAUUCAUGGAGAUGUGGAAAUGAGGGUUUUGGCAUGUUAAGGAAAUUUUAUGGGUUCGUUACCAGGAUGUUGUCAAAGCAUCGGUACUGAUUCCUGCAGGGACUUUGGGGUUGGGUUUUUUGUUGUUUGUUUGGAUUUUUUGGCUAUCAGUUUUAUUUCUAGUCAGCAUAUUUAGGAUAUGUUAUAUUUCUUUUGGCUUUGUAUAAUUCCGGUACAUUGUUGUGUAUUGUGACAUGGAUGCUUUCAGAGUGGAUGUUGAUGGCAUUUUUGUAAUCUGUUGCUUUGUGUCACCUCAUUGGAAGUUAGAGGCAAUGGUACUCAAUGUAAAAAAACAAAACAAAACUGUGAACUGAAAGUAAACACAUUGGAUUGCUUACCUGUGAAAAUGA